CGUCGCCUCGCGUCACGUGACCCGAUCGGAAGAGCCCGAGUGAAGUGUCCGGUGAACGGUGUCCGGUGACCGGAGCUCUGCUGUCCGUUAUUUGUUCUAUUCUGCACACCUUACACACGCAUACCGUUCGCGUUCAGCUCGAGCUCUCUUCUACAGCUGCAGGGCGCUGUGGUCAGCAGGAUGAGUUCAGACGGAGGCGGGAGGCCUGUGAAGGUGGGCUCUCUGGUGGAGGUGAUUGGGAAAGGUCAGCGUGGGACCGUGGCGUAUAUCGGAGCCACUCUGUUCGCGUCGGGGAAAUGGGUGGGAGUCAUCCUGGACGAACCCAAGGGGAAGAACGACGGCACGGUGCAGGGCAAACGCUACUUCACCUGCGAGGAGAAUCAUGGGAUCUUCGUCAGACAGUCUCAGAUUCAGCUCAUGGAUGAAGGAGGCAGCUCUGCGACGUCUCCAGAAACACCGGACUCAGGUGUGGCCAAACUGCUCAAGAAAGAAGUACAGGAGACGCCAAAAUCUGUCAAGCAGACUCCAACAGCAAAGAAGCCUCCUAUUCGUCGUAGUACCAAGUGGUACACACCCGGCCGUCUGUCCAGCUCCAGCUCCCUCCCCUCUCUCAUCAUGGCGGGUCGUCCCUCGGUCGGAGGCUCAGGACUUUCAGAGUCAGUGUUAGCAGAGAAUGAGUCCACAGCAUCUUCCCAGACUGCACUGGGAGCUCCUGUCAUACCACAGCCCAGCGGCACCCCCAGCGCCCCUCCUCCUGCCACCCCCAGCAAGGAGGAGGAGAGUCUCCGAGCUCAAGUCAAGGAUCUGGAGGAGAAGCUGGAGACGCUGCGGAUGAAGCGCUCGGAGGAUAAAGCCAAGCUGAAGGAGAUGGAGAAGUACAAGAUCCAGCUGGAGCAGCUGCAGGAGUGGAAGAGCAAGAUGCAGGAGCAGCAGAACGAGCUCCAGAAGCAGCUCAAGGAGGCCAAGAAGGAGGCACGCGAGGCUCUGGAGGCUAAAGACCGCUACAUGGAGGAGAUGGCCGACACAGCAGACGCCAUCGAGAUGGCCACGCUGGACAAAGAGAUGGCAGAGGAGCGGGCCGAGUCCCUGCAGCAGGAGGUGGAGGCUCUGAAGGAGAAGGUGGAGGAGCUGAGCAUGGACCUGGAGAUCCUCAAACACGAGAUCGAAGAGAAGGGCUCGGACGGAGCGGCCUCCAGCUACCACGUCAAGCAGCUGGAGGAGCAGAACGCACGCCUGAAGGAGGCCCUGGUCAGGAUGAGGGAUCUGUCGUCGUCCGAGAAGCAGGAGCACGUGAAGCUCCAGAAACAGAUGGAGAAGAAGAACUCUGAGCUGGAGACUCUGAGAGCGCAGAAGGAGAAGCUGCAGGAGGAGAUGAAGCAGGCUGAAGACACCAUAGACGAGCUCAAGGAGCAGGUGGACGCGUCUUUAGGAGCGGAGGAGAUGGUGGAGACUCUGACGGAGAGGAAUCUAGACCUGGAGGAGAAGGUGCGAGAGCUGCGAGAGACCGUCAGUGAUCUGGAGGCGAUUAACGAGAUGAACGACGAGCUGCAGGAGAACGCUCGUGAGACAGAGCUGGAGCUGCGUGAACAGCUGGAUCUGGCCGGCGCUCGGGUCCGAGAGGCUCAGAAGAGAGUGGAAGCAGCGCAGGAGACGGUGGCCGACUAUCAGCAGACCAUCAGCAAAUACAGAGAGCUCACCACACACCUGCAGGAAGUGAACCGAGAGCUGACCAAUCAGCAGAGCAGCUCAGCCGAGCAGCUGCAGCAGCCGACCACAGAGCUCUUCGACUUCAAGAUCAAGUUUGCUGAGACCAAAGCUUACGCCAAGGCCAUCGAGAUGGAGCUCCGGAAGAUGGAGGUGACUCAGGCGAACCGUCAGGUGUCUCUGCUGAUGUCCUUCAUGCCUGAGUCCUUCCUGAGACACGGAGGAGACCACGACUGCAUCCUCGUGCUGCUGCUCAUCCCCAGACUCAUCUGCAAGGCGGAGCUGAUCAGCAGACAGGCGCAGGAGAAGUUUGAUCUGAGUGCUCCGGAGCGAUCUGGACUGAGAGGAGCCGCUGGAGAGCAGCUGAGCUUCGCCUCCGGUCUGGUGUAUUCCCUGACGCUGCUGCAGGCCACGCUGCACAGAUACCAGCUGGCUCUGAGUCAGUGCGGGGUGGAGGUGUACAAGCGCAUGGGCACGCUGUACUCUGAGAUGAGUGUUCACGAGCGAUCCCUGGACUUCCUCAUCGACCUGCUGCAUAAAGAUCAGCUGGACGAGACGGUGCAGGUGGAGCCGCUCACCAAAGCCAUCAAGUACUACCAGCAACUGUACAGUGUUCAUCUGUCGGAUCAGCCGGAGGACUGCAGUGUACAGCUGGCCGAUCACAUCAAGUUCACCCAGAGCGCUCUGGACUGCAUGGGGUCAGAGGUCGGCCGUCUGCGGGCCUUCCUGCAGGCGGGACAGGAAGGGGCGGAGCUCUCUGUGCUCCUGAAGGACCUGGACACUUCCUGUGGAGACAUCGGUCAGUUCUGUAAGAAGAUCCGCAGGAGGAUGCCAGGAACAGAUGCUCCGGGGAUUCCUGCUGCGCUCAGCUUCCCUGCUCAGGUGGGCGAGGCGCUGGAGGACUGCAGGAAGCAGCUGACGCGUGUGGUGGCCGUUCUGCAGGAAGUAGCAGCAGCAGGAGCUCAGAUGAUCGCUCCUCUGGCCGAGACAGAGGGACUGACAGCACUGAAGAUAGAGGACGUGAUGUUCAAAGCAGUGGACCAGGUGUAUGGUGCUCAGGGACUCAAUGCGUUCGAGAGUCUGCGUCAGUCCUGCGCCGCAGUCAUCUCCACCAUGAACAAGAUGGCCACGGCCAUGCAGGAAGGAGAAUACGACGCGGAGCGGCCGCAGCGUCCGCGUCCUCCGGUGGAGAUCCGCGCCGCUGCUGUCAGAGCCGAGAUGACCGACGCCGAGGGGCUGGGAAACAAGCUGGAGGACCGAGAGACGGUCAUCAGAGAGCUGAAGAAAUCCCUCAAGAUCAAGGGUGAGGAGCUGAGCGAGGCGAAUGUGCGUCUGAGUUUACUGGAGAAGAAGCUGGACACGUCGACGAGAGACGCAGACGAGCGCGUGGAGAAGAUCCAGACCAAACUAGACGAGGCUCUGACUCUGCUGAAGAAGAAAGAGAAGGAGUUUGAGGAGACGAUGGACGCACUGCAGGCCGACAUCGACCAGCUGGAGGCAGAGAAGGCGGAGCUAAAGCAGAGGAUCAAUAACCAAUCACGAGCCUCCGAAGGUUUCCGAGGACCGCAAGCAUCUGGAAUCGCCUCCAUCGUCACGGGAACCACUGCUGGGGGAAUGGUGUCGGGUGUCUCCGGUGAGGUUCAGGUGGUGGACUCUCCUCUCCUCAAACAACAGAUCGAUGUGCAGCGACUCGCCAUCACACAGCUGAAGAGUGAGAACUACAGACUGAAGGCUGAGAGGAUGCGAGCGCAGCUGUCGUCUCUGCCUCCGCUGCAGCCGGUGAACAUGACCUCAGUGAUGAAGGAGGCUCCGGCCGGAUCUCUGUACCGCAGAACUGACCUGCUGCUCAACAACCUGCUGAAGAUGAGCGCGGGCCUGAGAGUCGUCGACAUCAGCGGGAAGACCUCGGCGAGUGCAAGCGCUCAGCUUCUGGAGCAGACGGCCAAGAUGAAGUCUCUGAGCGACACGCUGGACAAACUGAAGGCUGAGGUAUCGCAGCACGUCGUGUCGCAGCAGCCUGGAGCUUGUGUGUCGUCAGACUUACCCUCGUUCCCCUCUGUGUCUUUCGUGAAGGCCAAGGCGGAGCAGCAGAGCGGCUCGGUGCUGGUGGGGAAGGUGAUGAUUCCCUGCGCUCGUGGUGCGGAGCAGACUCACAGCCUCGUCCUGUCACAGCAGCAGCUUCAGCGCGUGCAUCGCCUGCUCAUGACCUAAACACAGCUCCCACAAUCCCACGCUCUCAGGACACACACGCGCCAAAGACAGCAGCUCGUCUUCUGAUCCUCCAGCUCCUAAACACAGCCUUCAUCUCUCCCACAUCCACACUGGAGUCGAGGCAUUCGGACUCACAGUACACAAUCUUUGAGUUGGAAGAUAUAAACCUGCAGUUGCAAGAAAAACAGGCAGAAGUGCAAGAUAGUUGUAAUUUAUUUGUUACUGGGAAACAAGAUUGUAAACACAGAUUUACAAGAAACAGUCAGAAUUGUGAGAGAGAGACAAAUCUGAGUAUUUUUUCUUUUAUUCCCUCAUAAUUCUGAGUUUACAUUUUGUUUCUGAAAGCAAAAAAAUAAACUGGAUUUAAAUGUUGCAAUUCUGACUUUUGUGGUAAAAGUAAAAUAAAAUCAAAAGAAGUGUGCGAUGUAAAAUCAGGAUUGCAGAAUAAGAGUCCCCAAAGAAUUCAGUCACAUCACAGUUCCACAAAAUCUUAAAAUGGGAAGAUAUAAAACAUUAAAAGAUGUAAACUCAGAAUUAAGAGAUCUAAACCUGCAGUUGUGAGAAAAUGUCAUGGUUUUUAUUUCAUGGGGGGAAAUGAAAAAAAUAGAAAUGCCUCAUGAAAACUAAACAUUACAAACAAUUCAAAUCGAUCUCAAAGUUUCUAUAAUUCAGAGACUAAAGUCAAAAUUGCAAAAGAGUUGUGUGGAAUGAGUCUGAAUUGUGAAAGAGAAAGUCAUUCUUGUAUUUUAUUAUCCCAUGUGCAUCAGAGGAACUCAAAAGGAGAUGUUAAAGUUCUGCUUUUGUUGUUCACUGGAAACACUCACAGCCUGUGGAUUUACACAAACCUUUCCUUGUGGUUGAAUUAUUACUUUAACAGAAGACGAUUUACUCCCAGCUGAACCUAAUUAAUAAAACUCUAUUACAGUAAUGCCACAACGCUUUCAGUACUUUAAACGGUUCACGGAUAUCUUUGCUUCCAUGCUUUGGUUUUCUAUUUAGUAUGAUCGUUUGUUUCACGUUUCAUAUAAUUGUCUUGUCAUUUCAUGAAUAAACCCUUGGUGAAGGAAGUUAAACUGGUAACCGUACUAACGCUGUAAUGAAGUUCAGAUGAAACGCAGGGCUGUAGGAAAGAGAUCAGUAGUUUUGGAUGAUUAUCGUAGGUUUGCCCCAGUAACUCACUCAUAUAUUAUUAGAGCUCCAUUAGAGUUAAAGGACCAAUCAAUCAAGAGCCACGGAUAUAUAUGAGACACUCGUGAUUUAUGCAAAUCAGAAGCACAAGUGUGUUUUAAGUCAAUUAUUUAACACCUUUUACAAAUGUUUUGUGACUCUUCUGAUCUUCUCUAAAUUAUUUGCUUUAUUCUCUUAGAUGGUUGGUUUAGUGUUUUAAUAGUUUAUGUAUUUGGCAUGUUUCUCAAUGGAAGCGAUUGCAAUAAAGUUG